CGCCGAGCGGCGUCCACUUCGUGCGCUCCGCCGCCGGGACAGGACCGGACCCUGCGUGCCAGGGAGCAGCCACCGCCGCCAGGAAUCCGGGAGCGGGCUCGGGGCUGGGGAGUACCGGGACCCUGCCGGUCAUGGCUGUACCGGGGAGCUGAGAGCCACUGACCCGCAGGCUGGGAAGUUGAUACCGAAGGUCAGCAAGUGAAGAGAGGAAUUCCUGGGGCGGUUCCAGCCAGGACCAAAGUCCCAACAAGAUGGAGAAGGAAGAGGAGGAAACCCGAGAGAUCCUGCUCCCCAACUGGAAAGGAAGCGGCUCUCACGGAAUCACCAUUGACCAGACGGAAGAUGGGGUCUUCGUGAAGCAGGUGGUGCAGACUUCCCCUGCUGCCAGAACUGUGAAGGAAGGGGAUCAGAUUGUGAGCGCCACCAUCUAUUUCGACAACCUGCAGUCCGGAGAGGUCACGCAGCUGCUGAACAGCAUGGGCCACCACACGGUGGGGCUGCGGCUGCAGCGAAAGGGGGACAAGUCUCCAUUGCCGGGACAGUCAUGGUCACAUGAUGUGUUCUCACCCAGGAGCCCAGAAGUUGUUCUGAGUGGGGAUGAUGAAGAGUACAGGAGAAUAUACACAACGAAAAUUAAACCACGUCUGAAGUCGGAAGAUGCAGCAGAAGCUGAACACACAGAAAGCCGAACCAUUACCGUCACCAAAAAGGUCACAGCUUAUACCGUAGAUGUCACUGGACACGAAGGAGCAAGAGAGAUUGACAUCAGCAGCCCAGAAUUUAAAGUUAAGAUUCCAAGCCAUCAAGUCACCCAUAUAACAACAACAGAAAUUGAAAAAGAACCUGGGAAAACCGUGAUCAAAAUACCACAGGUGGAUUUGUCUGGGAAAACAGACUUCAGUAUGGGCAUCAGAGGUAGACCUAGUGGCAUCUCAUAUUCUGGACCAACAGUUGAAUCAUCCACCAAAAGGUUGGACUUUGGUGCCCCUGACGUGCACAUGAGAGAGCCCAAGGUGGGCACUGAGAUAAAUGUCUCAGGACCUCAAGUCACAGGCAUUCACCCGAGAACCCAGACAGACUUUAAGCCAGCAGAAAUUCAAGUUCCAGGUGUGGACGUUGUCAAAUCGGUUAAUGUUUCUGGCACUAGAGUCACAAGCCCAGAGGGCAGCUUGCCCAGAAUCGAUGCAAAUGGACAGAGGGGAAACCUGGAUGCAAAUAUUCACAUUACUGGCCCUAAACUAAAUGGAAAAAUGGGUGUUUCAGGCAUAGAGGUUAAAACUGAAGUUCCAGGAGGCAAACAGCCGCAAUUUGAUAUUUCAGGCUCCAAGAUAAGAAGCGGUAUGGAAGGUCCCAAAGUUGAUGUAUCAUUUUCAAAAAUCAAGGGUCCUUCAGUUGAUAUUUCUGGCCCUAAGAUUCAAGGUGAUAUCAAAGCUCCAAGGGUGGACAUUCCUCUUUCGAGCAUUGAAUCUGAUAUGCAGGACAUUAAAGCUCCAGAAAUUAACAUUGAAAGCCCAGGAAAAAUAAAAAUGCCUGUAAUGAAGAUGCCUAAAUUUGGCUUCUCACCUUCAGCUUCUGAUACUGAUGUUCGAGCACCACAGGCAGGUGUAGACAUUUCUGUGCCAAAGAUACAGGCUCCUCACCUGGAUAUCACAGCUCCAUCUGUUCAUAUGGAAGGUCCAAAGGAAAAACUGAAAUUUACAGUGCCUUCAGUGGAAGGUGCUAAAGUUGCAAAGCCACAUAUGGAUGUGGCUCUCAAAGGACCUCAGUUGAAGGGAGUGGUGGAAGUGUCCUCUCCAACACUAGAAGGUCCCAAAGUUGGUGUCAAGGGUCCCAAGAUUGAUCUUGUGGCUCCUGAUGUUGAUAUUCAAAGUGGUGAAGGAAAAAUAAAAUUGCCCUCAAUGAAAUUUCCUAAAUUUACUGCAUCAGGUUUCAAAGGGGAAGGCCCUGGUGUGGGUGUGACGCUUCCUAAGGGGGAGAUUGCUAUUGCAGGCCCCAAGGUAGACAUCAGCACACCAGAUAUAGACACUGGAGGAGAAUGGAAAGUCCCCAAAUUUAGGAAGCCUGAAUUAAUUAGUCAGACACCAAAAAUCUCUAUGUCAGAUGUGGACCUGAGUCUGAAAGGCCCUAGCCUGAAGGGAGAUGUGGGUAUUUCAGGGCCAAGGAUCGAAGGGGAUCUGAAAGGAUCCACUGUGGACAUUAAAGGCCCCAAACUAGACAUUGAAGCACCUGGCAUUGACCUUGAGAGUCCUGAAGGUCAGUUGAAAGGGCCAAAGUUCUCAAUGCCUUCUUGGAAAAUGUCACCAUCAAAAGUAUCCAUGCCAGAUGUGGAUGUGAAUCUGAAAGGGCCUAAACUGAAGGGAGACAUGGAUGUUUCUGUCCCACAAAUAGGAGGUGACUUGAAGGGACCUCAGAUUGACAUAAAAGGCCCCAAGCUAGAUAUAGAUGCUCCUGACAUUGACAUCAAAGAGCCAGAAGGACACCUGAAAGGUCCUAAAUUUAAGAUGCCUGAAAUGCAUAUCAAGACCCCUAAAAUCUCCAUGCCAGACAUCGACUUGAAUCUGAAGGGUCCUAGGCUGAAGGGAGAUGUGGAUGUUUCAGUGCCAAAGCUGGAAGGGGAGUUGAAAGCUCCUGGAAUUGACAUUAAAGGCCCCAAAGUGGACAUUGAUGCACCAGAUGUGGAUAUUCACAGCCCAGAUGGUAAACUGAAAAUGCCUAAACUGAAAAUGCCAAAAUUCAGCAUGCCUGGGCUGAAAGGGGAGGGACCAGACGUGGAUGUAACACUUCCGAAGGGGGAGAUGGAUAUUUCCAGUCCGAAGGUACAAAUUGGUACUCCAGGUUUGGACGUUGAAGGACCCAAGGGAGAACUAAAAGGUCCCAAAUUUAAGAUGCCUGAAAUGCACAUCAAGACACCAAAAAUCUCCAUGCCAGAUGUCGACAUGAAUCUAAAAGCCCCCAAGCUGAAGGGAGAUGUUGGUAUUUCAGGGCCAAGGAUCGAAGGGGAUCUGAAAGGAUCCACUGUGAACAUUAAAAGCCCCAAACUAGACAUUGAAGCUCCUGGCAUUGACCUUGAAAGUCCUGAAGGUCAGUUGAAAGGGCCCAAGUUCUCAAUGCCUUCUUGGAAAAUGUCACCAUCAAAAGUAUCCAUGCCAGAUGUGGAUGUGAAUCUGAAAGGGCCUAAACUGAAGGGAGACAUGGAUGUUUCUGUCCCACAAAUAGGAGGUGACUUGAAGGGACCUCGGAUUGACAUAAAAGGCCCCAAGCUAGAUAUAGAUGCUCCUGACAUUGACAUCAAAGGGCCAGAAGGACACCUGAAAGGUCCCAAAUUUAAGAUGCCUGAAAUGCACAUCAAGACCCCUAAAAUCUCCAUGCCAGACAUCGACUUGAAUCUGAAGGGUCCUAGGCUGAAAGGAGAUGUGGAUGUGUCAGUGCCAAAGCUGGAAGGGGAGUUGAAAGCUCCUGGAAUUGACAUUAAAGGCCCCAAAGUGGACAUUGAUGCACCAGAUGUGGAUAUUCAUGGCCCAGAUGGUAAACUGAAAAUGCCUAAACUGAAAAUGCCAAAAUUCAGCAUGCCUGGGCUGAAAGGGGAGGGACCAGACGUGGAUGUAACACUUCCAAAGGGGGAGGUGGAUAUUUCCGGUCCGAAGGUACAAAUUGAUGCUCCAGGUUUGGACAUUGAAGGACCCAAGGGAGAACUAAAAGGUCCCAAAUUUAAGAUGCCUGAAAUGCACAUCAAGACACCAAAAAUCUCCAUGCCAGACAUCGACUUGAAUCUGAAGGGUCCUAAACUGAAGGGAGAUGUGGAUGUUUCUGUUCCAAAUAUACAAGGUGAUUUGAAAGGUCCAGAAUUUGAUCUUAAAGGCCCCAAAGUUGACAUUGACGCACCAGAUGUGGAUCUUCAUGGCCCAGAAGGUAAAUUCAAAAUGCCUAAAUUCAAAAUGCCCAAGUUUGGAAUGCCUGGGUUCAAAGGGGAGGGACCAGACGUGGAUGUAAGCCUUCCGAAAGGGGAGAUUGAUCUCUCAGGUCCCAAAGUAGACAUUGAUGCUCCAGAUUUGGAUUUUGAAGGGCCAGAAGGAAAACUGAAAGGUCCCAAAUUUAAGAUGCCUGAAAUGCACAUCAAGGCACCCAAAAUCUCCAUGCCAGAUGUUGAUUUACACUUGAAAGGCCCUAAACUGAAGGGAGAUGUGGAUGUUGCUGUUCCGAAGCUGGAAGGGGAAUUGAAAGGUCCUGAAUUUGAUCUUAAAGGCCCCAAAGUGGAUAUUGAUGCACCAGAUGUGGAUAUUCACGGCCCAGAGGGUAAACUCAAAAUGCCUAAACUGAAAAUGCCUAAAUUUGGUGUACCUGGGUUGAAAGGGGAGGGACCAGAUGUCGAUAUAGCACUUCCAAAGGGAGAGGUGGAUAUUUCUGGUCCCAAGAUAGACAUAGAUGCUCCAGGUUUGAACAUUAAAGGGCCUGAAGGAGAGCUGAAAGGUCCCAAAUUUAAGAUGCCUGAAAUGCACAUCAAGACACCAAAAAUCUCCAUGCCAGACAUCGACUUGAAUCUGAAAGGCCCUAAGCUGAAGGGAGAUGUGGAUGUUUCUGUUCCAAAGCUGGAAGGGGAAUUGAAAGCUCCUGGAAUUGACAUUAAAGGCCCCAAAGUGGAUAUUGAUGCACCAAAUGUGGAUAUUCACGGCCCAGACGGUAAACUGAAAAUGCCUAAACUGAAAAUGCCUAAAUUUGGUGUACCUGGGCUGAAAGGGGAGGGACCAGACAUGGAUAUAACAUUUCCAAAAGGCGAUGUGGGUAUUUCCGGUCCCAAAGUGGACACUGAUAUCCCAAGUUUAGACAUUGAAGGGCCAGAAGGUAAAGUGAAAGGUCCAAAGUUUAAACUGCCUGAGCUAAAUAUUCAGACACCCAAAGUCUCCAUGCCAGAUGUGGACCUAGGUUUGAAGGCACCUAAACUGAAAGGAGAUGUGGAUAUCUCUGUUCCAAAGAUGGAAGGUGAUUUGAAAGGACCCAGCAUUGACGUUAAGGGGCCCCAAAUUGAUAUUGAAGGUUCCCAAAUGGAUAUUGAUGUGCCUGAUAUGGACUUGGAAUGUCCAGAAGGCCAACUGAAAGGCCCCAAAUUUAGGAUGCCUAAAAUGAAUAUCAAGGCCCCUAAAAUCUCCAUGCCAGAUGUUGAUCUGAAUCUAAAGGCACCUAAACUGAAAGGAGAGAUGGAUGUUUCUGUUCCAAAGAUGGGAGGUGAUUUUAAAGGACCCAGCAUUGACAUUAAAGGUCCCAAAGUUGACACUGAUGUUGACCUUGAAUGUCCAGAAGCCAAAUUGAAAAUGCCAAAAAUGAAAUUUCCAAAGUUCGGCAUGCCUGGAUUCAAAGGAGAGGGCCCUGACAUGGAUGUGAAACUCCCUAAGGGACAGGUGGACAUUUGUGGUCCCAAAGUGGAUAUUGAUGCUCCAGGUUUGGACAUUGAGGGACCGGAAGGAAAAAUAAAAGGUCCCAAAUUUAAGAUGCCUGAAAUGCACAUCAAGACCCCUAAAAUCUCCAUGCCAGACAUUGACCUAAAUUUGAAAGGUCCCAAACUAAAAGGAGAUGUGGAUGUUUCUAUUCCAAAGCUAGAAGGUGAUUUGAAAGGUCCUGAUGUUGACAUCAAUGCCCCCUCAAUAGAUAUUAAUGCACCAGAUAUUGAGCUGCAGGGUUCAGGUGGAAAACUGAAAAUGCCCAAAAUGAAGAUGCCUCAAUUUAAUGUGUCAGGCCCUAAACUUGAAGGACCUGAUAUAGAUGUAAAUGUGCCAAAGGGAGAGGUUGAUAUUUCAGCUCCCAAGGUAGAUAUAGAGGCUCCAGAGCUGGACAUUGAAGGCCCAGAAGGCAAAUGGAAAGGACCUAAAUUUAAAAUGCCUAAACUGAAUAUUAAAGCACCUAAAAUCUCCAUGCCGGAUGUGGACCUGAAUCUCAAGGCACCGAAAAUGAAGGGGGAGAUGGAUGUUACUGUUCCAAAGAUAGAAGGUGAUUUGACAGGACCUGAAAUUGAUAUUAAAGGGCCAAAAUUAAACAUUGAGGCACCUGAUGUGGAUCUUGAGUGUCCUGAAGGAAAACUGAAAGGGCCCAAAUUCUCAAUGCCUUCUUGGAAAAUGUCACCAUCAAAAAUAUCCAUGCCAGAUGUGGAUUUAAAUUUGAAAGGGCCCAAACUGAAGGGAGACUUGGAUGUUUCUGUUCCAAAGCUAGAAGGUGACUUGAAGGGACCUGAGAUUGACAUGAAAGCCCCGAAACUGGACAUUGAUGCACCUGACAUAGGCAUUGACGGGCCAGAAGGAAAAAUGAAAGGUCCCAAAUUUAAAAUGCCUGAAAUGCACAUCAAGGCCCCAAAAAUCUCUGUUCCUGAUGUAGACCUGAAUUUAAAAGCCCCUAAAAUAAAAGGGGAAGUUGAUAUCUCAGCUCCUAAACUUGAAGGAAAUUUGAAAGGUCCUGAUUUUGACUUCAAAGGCCCCAAGGUUGAUAUUGAUGCACCAGAUGUGGAUAUUCAUGGCCCAGAUAGUAAAUUCAGAAUGCCCAAAUUCAAAAUGCCCAAAUUCAGCAUGCCUGGGUUCAAAGGAGAGGGACCAGAGGUGGAUGUGAAGCUUCCAAAAGGGGAGAUGGAUAUUUCCGGUCCCAAGAUAGACAUUGAUGCUCCAGAGUUGGAUAUUGAAGGUCCUGAAGGAAGGCUGAAAGGUCCUAAAUUUAAGAUGCCUGAAAUGCACAUCAAAGCGCCUAAAAUCUCCAUGCCAGACAUUGAUUUGAAUGUGAAAGGCCCUAAAUUGAAGGGGGAUGUAGAUGUUUCUGUUCCAAAGCUAGAAGGUGACUUGGAGGGGCCUGAAUUUCAUCUCCAAGGCCCCAAAGUUGACAUUGAUGCACCAGAUGUGGAUAUUCAUGGCCCAGAGGGUAAACUCAAAAUGCCUAAAUUCAAAAUGCCCAAAUUUGGCAUACCUGGUUUCAAAGGGGAAGGCCCUGAUGUGGAUGUAAAACUUCCGAAGGGGGAUGUGGAUAUUUCUGGGCCCAAGGUAGACAUAGAUGCCCCAGAUUUGAACAUUGAAGGUCCAGAGGGAAAGCUGAAAGGUCCCAAAUUUAAGAUGCCUGAAAUGCAUGUCAAGGCACCUAAAAUCUCCAUGCCAGAUUUUGAUUUGAAUCUGAAAGGACCUAAAAUGAGGGGGGAUGUGGAUGUUUCUGUACCAAAGAUAGAAGGGGAUUUUAAAGGGCCUGAGUUUGAUAUCAAAGGUCCCAAAGUGGACAUUGAUACUCCAGAUCUUGAUAUUGAAGGUCCUGAAGGAAAAUGGAAGAGCCCCAAAUUUAAGAUGCCUGACAUGCAUUUUAAAGCACCUAAAAUCUCCAUGCCUGACGUCGACUUUAAUUUGAAAGGCCCUAAAGUGAAGGGGGAUGUGGAUGUUUCUGUACCAAAGCUAGAAGGGGAUUUGAAAGGGCCUGAGGUUGAUAUCAGAGGCCCUAAACUGGAUGUUGAUGUUCCUGAGGUUGACCUGCAGGGACCAGAGGGAAGAUGGAAAGGUCCCAAAUUUAAGAUGCCUGAGAUGCACAUCAAGGCACCUAAAAUCUCCAUGCCAGACAUUGACUUGAACCUGAAAGGUCCUAAAGUGAAGGGAGAUGUGGAUGUUGCUGUUCCAAAGAUUGAGGGUGAUUUGAAAGGUCCCGAAUUUGAUCUUAAAGGCCCCAAAGUUGACAUUGAGGCACCAGACAUGGAUCUUCAUGGCCCAGAAGGUAAAUUUAAAAUGCCUAAAUUCAAAAUGCCCAAGUUUGGAAUGCCUGGGUUCAAAGGGGAGGGACCAGAUGUGGAUGUAAGCCUUCCAAAAGGGGAGAUUGAUCUCUCAGGUCCAAAAGUAGACAUUGAUGCUCCAGAUUUGGAUAUUGAAGGACCAGAAGGAAAACUGAAAGGUCCCAGAUUUAAGAUGCCUGAAAUGCACAUCAAGGCACCUAAAAUCUCCAUGCCAGAUGUUGAUUUGAAUUUGAAAGGCCCUAAAGUGAAGGGAGAUGUGGAUAUGUCUGUUCCAAAGAUUGAGGGUGAUUUGAAAGGUCCUGAGUUUGAUAUAAAAGGCCCCAAAGUUGACAUUGCUGCACCAGAUGUGGAUAUUCAUGGCCCAGAGGGUAAAUUUAAAAUGCCUAAAUUCAAAAUGCCCAAAUUCAGCAUGCCUGGGUUCAAAGGAGAGGGACCAGAGGUGGAUGUGAAGCUUCCAAAAGGGGAGCUGGAUAUUUCUGGUCCCAAGAUAGACAUUGAUGCUCCGGAGUUGGAUAUUGAAGGUCCUGAAGGAAGGCUGAAAGGACCUAAAUUUAAAAUGCCUGAAAUGCAAAUCAAAGCACCAAAAAUCUCCAUGCCGGACAUUGACUUAAACUUAAAAGGUCCCAAAAUGAAAGGAGAUGUUGAUGUUUCCCUUCCAAAACUAGAAGGUGACUUGAAGGGUCCUGAAUUUCAUCUCCAAGGCCCCAAAGUUGACAUUGAUGCACCAGAUGUGGAUAUUCAUGGCCCAGAGGGUAAACUCAAAAUGCCUAAAUUCAAAAUGCCCAAGUUUGGAAUGCCUGGAUUCAAAGGGGAGGGACCAGAUGUGGAUGUAAGCCUUCCGAAAGGGGAGAUUGAUCUCUCAGGUCCAAAAGUAGACAUUGAUACUCCUGAUUUGGAAAUUGAAGGUCCAGAUGGGAAAUGGAAAGGUCCUAAAUUUAAGAUGCCUGAAAUGCACAUCAAGGCACCUAAAAUUUCCAUGCCAGAUGUUGAUUUACACUUGAAAAGCCCUAAAGUGAAAGGAGAUGUGGAUGUGUCAGUUCCAAAGAUUGAGGGUGAUUUGAAGGGGCCUGAAUUUGAUAUCAAAGGCCCCAAAGUUGAUAUUGAUGCACCAGACAUGGAUCUUCAUGGCCCAGAAGGUAAACUCAAAAUGCCUAAAUUCAAAAUGCCCAAAUUUGGCAUGCCUGGGUUCAAAGGAGAGGGCCCUGAUGUGGAUAUAAAACUUCCUAAGGGAGAGGUGGAUAUUUCUGGGCCCAAGGUAGACAUAGAUGCUCCAGAUUUGAACAUUGAAGGUCCAGAGGGAAAGCUGAAAGGUCCCAAAUUUAAGAUGCCUGAAAUGCACGUCAAGGCACCUAAAAUCUCCAUGCCAGAUUUUGAUUUGAACCUGAAAGGACCUAAAGUGAAGGGGGAUGUGGAUGUUUCUGUACCAAAGCUAGAAGGGGAUUUGAAAGGGCCUGAGGUUGAUAUCAAAGGUCCCAAAGUGGACAUAGAUGCCCCUGAUGUGGAGAUUGAAGGUCCAGAUGGUAAAUUCAAAAUGCCUAAGUUCAAAAUGCCCAAGUUUGGAAUGCCUGGGCUCAAAGGGGAGGGACCAGACGUGGAUGUAAGCCUUCCGAAAGGGGAGAUUGAUCUCUCAGGUCCAAAAGUAGACAUUGAUGCUCCUGAUUUGGAUUUUGAAGGGCCAGAAGGAAAACUGAAAGGUCCCAAAUUUAAGAUGCCUGAAAUGCACAUCAAGGCACCCAAAAUCUCCAUGCCAGAUGUUGAUUUACACUUAAAAGGUCCUAAACUGAAGGGAGAUGUGGAUGUGUCUGUUCCAAAGAUUGAGGGUGAUUUGAAGGGGCCUGAGUUUGACAUCAAAGGCCCUAAAAUUGACCUUGAUGCACCAGAUGUGGAUCUUCAUGGCCCAGAGGGUAAACUCAAAAUGCCUAAGUUCAAAAUGCCCAAGUUUGGAAUGCCUGGGUUCAAAGGGGAGGGACCAGAUGUGGAUGUAAGCCUUCCGAAAGGGGAGAUCGAUCUCUCGGGUCCAAAAGUAGACAUUGAUGCUCCUGAUUUGGAAAUUGAGGGGCCAGAAGGAAAAUGGAAAGGUCCUAAAUUUAAGAAGCCUGAAAUGCAUUUUAACGUUCCUAAAAUAUCCAUGCCAGAUAUCGAUUUAAAUUUGAAAGGUCCUAAACUGAAGGGAGAUGUGGAUGUUUCUCUUCCCAAAGUAGGGGGUGAUUUGAAAGGUCCCAAAGUUGAAGUCAAAGGACCAGAUAUUGAUCUUGAGGCUCCAAAACUUGAUAUAGAAGGAAAGACAAAAAAAUCGAGAUUUAAACUUCCUAAAUUCAGUUUUUCUGGCCCUAAAGUUCAAACCCCUGAUGUGGAUGUGAAACUUAAGAAAUCUGAUAUUGAUAUUUCUGGACCAAAGGUGGAUGUGAGUGCUCCAGAUGUGGACAUUCAGGGGAAAGCAAAAGGAUCUAAAUUUAAAAUGCCUUUCCUAAGCAUUUCAUCACCUAAAGUGUCAAUGCCAGAUGUGGAGUUAAAUCUGAAAGGGCCUAAACUGAAAGGAGACCUAGAUGUUUCUGGCCCAAAGCUAGAAGGGGAUUUAAAAGGGCCUGAAGUUGACAUCAAAAGCCCCCAAAUAGACAUCAGUGCACCAGACAUUGAUAUUCAUGGCCCAGAGGGUAAACUCAAAAUGCCAAAAUUGAAAAUGCCUAAAUUUGGAAUGCCUGGGUUCAAAGGAGAGGGACCAGAUAUGGAUGUAAAACUUCCAAAAGGGGAGGUGGAUGUUUCAGGUCCCAAGAUAGACAUUGAUGCUCCAGAUUUGGAAAUUGAAGCUCCUGAUGGAAAACUGAAAGGCCCUAAAUUUAAGAUGCCUGAAAUGCAUUUCAAUGUUCCUAAAAUCUCCAUGCCAGACAUUGAUUUGAAUUUGAAAGGCCCUAAAUUGAAGGGAGAUGUGGAUGUUUCUGUACCAAAACUAGAAGGGGAUUUGAAAGGCCCUGAAGUUGAUAUAGAUGUCCCUGAUGUGGAGAUUGAAGGCCCAGACGGCAAGUGGAAAGGUCCCAAAUUUAAGAUGCCUGAUAUGCAUUUUAAAGCACCUAAAAUCUCCAUGCCAGAUUUUGAUUUGAAUCUGAAAGGACCUAAAGUGAAGGGGGAUGUAGAUGUUUCUGUACCAAAGCUAGAAGGGGAUUUGAAAGGGCCUGAGUUUGAUAUCAAAGGUCCCAAAGUGGACAUUGAUGCUCCAGAUCUUGAUAUUGAAGGUCCUGAAGGAAAAUGGAAAGCCCCCAAAUUUAAGAUGCCUGAAAUGAAUAUCAAGGCACCGAAAGUCUCAAUGCCUGACAUUGAUUUUAACCUCAAAGGCCCUAAACUGAAGGGAGACAUAGAUGUUUCUGGCCCUAAGAUGGAAGGAGAUUUGAAGGGGCCUGAAAUUGAUAUCAGAAGUCCCAAAGUGGAGAUUGGUGCACCAGACAUGGAUAUUCAAGGCCCAGAGGGUAAACUCAAAAUGCCUAAAUUCAAAAUGCCCAAAUUCGGAAUGCCUGGGUUCAAAGGAGAGGGACCAGAUGUGGAUGUAAGUCUUCCAAAGGGGGAAAUUGAUAUUUCAGGACCUAAAAUAGACAUUGAUGCUCCUGAUGUGGAGAUUGAAGGACCAGAAGGAAAAUGGAAAGGUCCAAAAUUUAAGAUGCCUGAAAUGAAUAUCAAGGCCCCUAAAAUCUCCAUGCCGGACAUUGAUUUGAAUUUGAAAGGCCCUAAAUUGAAGGGGGAUGUGGAUGUUUGUGUUCCAAAAUUAGAAGGUGAUUUGAAAGGUCCUGAAGUCGAUAUCAAAGGCCCUAAACUGGACAUAGAUGCCCCCGAUGUGGAGAUUGAAGGCCCAGAGGGAAAAUGGAAAGGUCCCAAAUUUAAAAUGCCCGACAUGCAUUUUAAAGCACCUAAAAUCUCCAUGCCAGACUUUGAUUUGAACCUGAGAGGCCCUAAAGUGAAGGGGGAUGUGGAUGUUUCCGUACCAGAUUUUGAAGGUGAUAUGAAAGGCCCAGAAGUUGAUAUUAAAGGCCCCAAAUUGGACAUAGAUGCUCCAGAUUUUGACAUUGAGGGUCCAGAGGGAAAGCUGAAAGGUCCUAAAUUUAAGAUGCCUGAGAUGCAUUUCAAUGUUCCUAAAAUCUCCAUGCCGGACAUUGAUUUGAAUUUGAAAGGCCCUAAAUUGAAGGGGGAUGUGGAUGUUUCUGUUCCAAAAUUAGAAGGGGAUUUGAAAGGCCCAGAAAUCGAUAUCAAAGGCCCUAAACUGGACAUAGACACCCCUGAUGUGGAGAUUGAAGGUCCAGAUGGGAAGUGGAAAGGCCCCAAAUUCAAGAUGCCUGACAUGCAUUUUAAAGCACCUAAAAUCUCCAUGCCAGACUUUGAUUUGAAUUUGAAGGGUCCUAAAAUCAAGGGAGAUGUGGAUGUUUCUGGCCCUAAACUGGAAGGGGAUUUGAAAGGUCCUGAGUUUGAUAUCAAAGGCCCCAAAGUUGACAUUGAUGCACCAGAUGUGGAUAUUCACGGCCCAGAGGGUAAACUCAAAAUGCCCAAAUUCAAAAUGCCCAAGUUUGGAAUGCCUGGGUUCAAAGGGGAGGGACUAGACAUGGAUGUAAGCCUUCCAAAAGGGGAGAUUGAUCUCUCAGGUCCAAAAGUAGGCAUUGAUGCUCCUGAUUUGGAUAUUGAAGGUCCAGAGGGAAAGCUGAAAGGUCCCAAAUUUAAGAUGCCUGAAAUGCAUUUCAAUGUUCCUAAAAUCUCCAUGCCAGACAUUGACUUUAAUUUGAAAGGCCCUAAAGUGAAGGGGGAUGUGGAUGUUUCUGUACCAAAAUUAGAAGGGGAUUUGAAAGGCCCAGAAGUUGAUAUCAAAGGCCCCAAACUGGACAUAGACGCCCCUGAUGUGGAGAUUGAAGGUCCAGAUGGGAAAUGGAAAGGCCCCAAAUUUAAGAUGCCCGACAUGCAUAUUAAGGCACCUAAAAUGUCAAUGCCUGAUGUGGAUUUCAAUCUUAAGGGCCCUAAGCUUAAAGGAGAUCUAGAUGUUUCUGGACCUAAGUUGGAAGGGGAUUUGAAAGGUCCUGAAUUUGAUAUCAAAGGUCCCAAAGUGGACAUUGAUGCACCAGACAUCGAUAUUCAUGGCCCAGAAGGAAAACUGAAAAUGCCCAAAAUGAAAUUUCCUAAAUUCAGCAUGCCUGGGUUCAAAGGGGAAGGGUCGGAUGUGAAUGUAAAUCUUCCAGAAGGAGGGGUUGAUAUUUCGGGUCCUAAGAUAGACAUUGAUGCCCCCAAUUUGGAUAUUGAAGGGCCUGAAGGGAAAUGGAAAGGUCCAAAAUUUAAGAUGCCUGAAAUGAAUAUCAAGGCACCUAAAAUCUCCAUGCCAGACAUUGAUUUAAACUUAAAAGGCCCUAAAAUUAAAGGAGACAUGGAUGUUUCUGUCCCUAAGAUAGAAGGUGAUUUAAAAGGUCCAGAGAUAGACAUUAAAUCCCCCAAAAUGUCUGUUGAUGUUCCUGAUCUUGACAUUGAUGGUCCAGAAGGAAAACUGAAAGGUCCUAAAUUUAAGAUGCCAGAAAUGCAUAUUAAAGCACCCAAAAUCUCCAUGCCAGAUUUUGACUUGAAUUUAAAGGGGUCUAAACUGAAGGGAGACAUGGAUGUUUCUGUUCCAAAAUUAGAAGGGAAUUUGAAAGGUCCUGAAAUUGACAUUAAAGGCCCCAAAUUGGACAUAGAUGCACCUGAUAUCAACAUUGAAGGGCCAGAAGGAAAACUGAAAAGUCCCAAAUUUAAGAUGCCUGAAAUGCACAUCAAGGCCCCUAAAAUCUCCAUGCCAGAUGUAGACCUGAAUCUAAAGGCACCUAAACUGAAAGGAGACAUAGAUCUUUCUGGUCCAAAAAUAGAGGGUGAUUUGAAAGGUCCCGAAUUUGAUAUCAAAGGUCCCAAAGUGGACAUUGAUGCACCAGACAUCGAUAUUCAUGGCCCUGAAGGAAAACUGAAAUUACCCAAAAUGAAGCUGCCUAAAUUCAGUACACCUGGGUUCAAAGGGGAAGGCCCGGAUGUGGAUGUAAGUCUUCCAAAGGGAGAGGUUGAUAUUUCAGGUCCUAAGAUAGAUAUUGGUGCUCCUGAUUUGAACAUUGAAGGUCCAGAAGGAAAACUGAAAGGGCCAAAAUUUAAGAUGCCUGAGAUGCAUUUUAAGACACCCAAAAUCUCAAUGCCAGACAUUGACUUAAAUUUGAAAGGUCAUAAAAUGAAGGGGGACUUUGAUGUUUCUGCUCCCAAGAUUGAGGGUAAUCUUAAAGGUCCUGAAGUUGAUAUCAAAGGCCCAGAAUUUGGGGUUAGAAGUCCUGAGCUUGAUGUUGAGUGUCCAGAUGUUACCACUGAGGGCCUUGAGGGAAAUGUUAAACUUCCCAAAUUUAAGAAACCAAAAUUUGGGUUUGGAAUUAAAAGUCCUAAGGCAGAAAUCAAAUCUCCUGAAGUGGAUAUUGCUGUCCCGGAAGGUGAACUGAAUGUGGAGUCUCCUGAUAUUGGCAUUUCUGGCAAAGGAAAAAAAAGCAAAUUUAAAAUGCCUAAACUUCAUAUGAGUGGCCCUAAAAUUAAAGGAAAGAAGGGUGGAUUUGAUAUGAGUCUACCCAGUGGUGAGAUUGAUGCAAAUUUGAAAUCUCCUGAUUUAGAUCUCAAUGUAACUGGCCCAGAGGCAACAAUAAAAGGAGAUAUUAAUGUCAAAUCCCCAAAAGGAAAGAAACCAAUGUUUGGGAAAAUCUCUUUUCCAGAUGUUGAGUUUGAUAUUAAAUCACCUAAGUUCAAAGCUGAUGCUUCUGUGACAGUUCCUAAAAUGGAAGGAGAAUUUAAAGCACCCGAUUUGGAGGUUUCCACACCAGGUAUCAAAGGUGAUAUAAAGUCAUCAGGUCUUGACAUUACAGCCCCCAGUAUCAGCGCAAAUCUUCCUGAUGUUAACAUUGGAGGUCCUGAUAUCAAUCUUAAGAAACCUAAGGUCAAACUUCCAAGUGGAAAUAUUGAUAUAGCUGGUCCAAAAAUGGAAGGUGAUCUGAGAAUCCCAGGUAUUGACACAAACAUUAAUGCCCCUGACAUCAAACUUAAAGGACCUACAGUGAAUCUGCCUUCAGUGGACAUUUCUGCUCCUUCAUUCUCUGCAUCUGAUCUUGAUAUUAACUUGAAAGGACCAAAAGUAAAAGGUGAUGUCAGUCUUCCCACAGCAGACCUGGAAGGUCCAGAAGGAAAACUAAAAUUCCCCAAGUUCUCACUGCCCAAGAUAGGGAAACCAGGUCUGAAUUUAGAAGGAGCUGAUAUGCAACUCCCCUCAGCAAGCGUGGAUGUAUCAGCUCCAAGAAUUGAAGGAGGUGUGAGUGUUCCUGCAACUGAAGGAGUAGAUGCAAAACUGAAGGGACCUAAGGUGACUAUGCCAUCAGUAAACCUUUCAAUGCCCCAAGUCUCUGGACCUGAUUUUGAUGUAAAUUUGAAAGGACCAAAACUAAAAGGAGACCUGGAUGUUUCUAGUGACCUUAAAGGUCCAAAGGUGGACAUACAUGCACCAGAUGUUGAUAUGAAAGGCUUUGGAGGAAAGUUUAAAAUGCCCAAAUUUAAAUCUCCAACUUUGGAGGGACCUCAAGCAGAUCUGAACAUGAAAGGGGACAUUGGAUUUUCUGCCCCACAAAUUGAGGGGGGCAUGAAAGCACCAGGUAUGGAUGUACAUCUCAGUGCCCCAGACCUUGAUAUCAAAGGGCCUACAGUGAAAAUGCCAUCGGUAGGUAUUUCUGCCCCAGAUUUUGAUGUAAAUUUGAAAGGACCAAAGUUAAAAGGAGAUUUUGAUCUUUCUGGUGGCAUUAAAUCCCCAAAAGUGGCUGUAGAUGCGCCAGAUGUUAACUUGGAAGGUCCAGGAGGUGCAAUUAAACUUCCUUCACUGAAGCUCCCCCAAUUUGGCAUUUCUAGUCCUCAUGUUGAGGGGUCUAACAUGGGUGUGAGUAUUGAAGGACCACAAAUUAAAGGAGACCUUACUGGCUCAGGGAUUGAUGGAGAAUUGAAAGGGCCUACAUUUAAAAUGCAACCACUUCAAGUUUCAGCUCCAAAAAUCUCUGCACCUGACAUUGACUUAAACUUAAAAGGACCAAACCUAAAGGGUGAUAUUAAUAGUGCUGGUGAUGUUAAAGGCCCAAAAGUUGGAGUGGAAGUACCAGAUAUCAGCAUCAAAAGUGGAAAUCUUCAAAUGCCUUCAGUUAAACUGCCCAAAUGUGACAUUUCAGGUUCCCAAGGCAUGAAGAUUUCUGGGGUGGGUAUUGCAGCUGAUGCUCCUGAUGUCAGUUUAACAGGUCCUGCCUUCAGUGUAUCAACACCAAAAGUUUCUGGGUCAGAUUUUGAUGUAAAUUUGAAAGAACCUAAAAUCAAAGGAGGUUUCGGCAUUUCUGGAGACAUGAAAGCUCCUGAUGUAAAUGUUGGGGCACCACACUUGGGCAUUCAGCAUUCAGGUGGUGAAUUCAAAGGGCCACAGCUUUCAUCUUCUGGCUUUGAUGUAGAAAUGAAUGUGCCAAAUGUUGCAGGGGGUCUUCAUGUUUCUGGACCAAAGAUAGAGGGUGGUUUGAAAGGUCCCAAGGUAGGAAUCAAAGGUCCUGGCAUAGAUAUGAAUUUUCCACAAAGUAACUUAGAAAGUGCAUCAGGAAAAGUGACAUUCCCCAGGAUGAAAUUGCCUAAAUUUGUGUCUUCAGGGCAUGAGGUAACAGGAAGAGAAGUAGGGGUUGAUGUUAACUUCCCUCAGCCAGAUGCCAGUCUCCAGGCUGGUGCAGUGGAGGCUGAGUUUGAAGAGCCAGAUGUCAAACUUAAGAAAUCUAAAAUUAAGAUGCCAAAGUUUAAUUUUUCAAAACCUAAAGGCAAAGGCACCAGUGUUGGCUCACCAGAAGCCUCAGUGUCCAUUUCAGGAUCUAAAGGAGAUUUAAAAAGUUCCAAGGCAAGUUUAGGUUCUAUGGAGGGUGAACUGGGGGGAGGGGAAGCUGCUGCCACUUCACCUAAAGGGAAGUUUUCAUUAUUUAAAAGCAAAAAGCCACGUCAUCGGUCAUCUUCCUUUAGCGAUGAACAUUCCUCCCAGUCAACCCCCACUGGCACCUUGGAGUUUGAGUGCAGCUCAGGAGCAGAGAAAGAAAAGCAGGCCAAGAUGAAAUUUGGAACGUUUGGAGGGAUAGGGUCAAAAACUAAAGGUUCUUAUGAGGUAACUGGAAGUGACGAUGAAGCAGGAAAGAUGCCAGGGAGUGGGGUCUCAUUAACGUCCAAGAAAUCCCGCCUGUCUUCCUCUUCGAGUAAUGACAGCGGGACAAAGGGAGGGUUCCGAGUGCCAGUGGUAGAACUGACCGUUGCCAAAAAGAAAGAGUAAAGCGUCCGUGUAUAUAUGUCUGUGUAUGUAUAUAUAUAUAUCUUCUGUGUGUUUGUAUAUAAAUUUCAUAGCUUGAAAUAUUUUCAACCUCAGCAAUAAAAUGAAUGGUGCCUAGUGAAAUGUUAGAUGUCAUGUUGCCUACUCAAAAAAGAGGAGAGUUUAAAAGCAAGUGACCCUGGAGCUGUACCACAGUUCAUCUGAUGUAUUUGAAAGUUUCUUUGUGUUCAUGAUCUUUGGUUUGCGCGUUAAAUGCUGAGAGCUUAAGUUUACUAGCAAGCUAUUUUGAUAUCCUUUUCAUUUUACUGGAUAUUUUCAGUGUCGGUUUAUGGAAAUAAUGUUUCCAUUUUAAUUACCUUUUGGCUUUUAUUUGCAGGGCUUACAUUUCUAUAAUGAGAAUGGAUAUAUUGAAAACACUGUAAAAUAUAUAGAUACAACUGAAAUAUGUCACUUUCCCUUGUAAUGUGGGGUUUAAAAUGACACGGAGUGUUUAUCACAGAAAGCUGUGGUUUAUAUUAGCUUUGAUAGUUGUGGUGGUAAGAAAAGUACCCCCAGUUUAAUUUAAGACUAGAGAAUCUGGGUUGCUUAUGAUAAAUGUCAUGAAGAAAAACAGAAUUUACCAAUAAACGACUAACCUGUUUUGGGUUGGAUUCGACUGACACCAUCUUAGUUGUCUCCGUAUAUUUGUUUCAUUAUUUGUAUUAUAAGAGAGGACUUUUCUUAGUUAUGGUGCAAAAAUCUGUGACUGCCACUUUUCUGAUAUUUGUUAUAGUUUCUGUUAACAAAUGUAUCUUGAUUUAAAAAAAAAAUCUUUCAGCACUUUAAUGGCAAAUGAAUUGAGAAUGUAAGAAGAUUGAUCUUGUAAAAUGCAAAUAAACUGUUUAUUAACCUUG